CUAUGUUGCAUGAUAUCAACGCAUAGCUGGGGGGCUUAGAUGUCCCGCGAUAUUCAAUUUCAAAAUCUCUAUACAAAUUAGGCCUAUCUAUUUCGUCUCGCGUCAGUGGUUCGUCGGACACGUUUCAAAUUUUGUUACAAAAAGGCAAGACUGAUCACCUGUGUCCGGUGAACAUUAAGUGACAAUGAGAUCGAUACUGACCGGAACUAUUCACAAUAUUUAGUAUAGAAGCUUGCUACUGCCAUUAGUAAUGUUUUCGUCAGGUGUAUAUAUUUACAACCAAUGACUCAGGGCAGAAAGGUGUGUCGACACAUGGUCGUUUGUUGUGCACAGUGAAUGAAACAAAAAUGGCGAUAGACCGAAAAAUUUCUAUCUUUGGUUUAGCAGCAAUCGGAGUGUUAAUUUUAGGCGGAAUUCUCCAUAUAGUAGCCUUAGCCUCGCCAUAUUGGCAUUUGACGUCGUCUAGACUUUACGAUGGAAAGGAAUUACGUAUAGGAAAUGCCGGAUUAUGGAUAGAAUGUAUAUCUUGGACAGGAGCCACAAAAUGUGUGUCACCUAGCGUAUCCGAUGCAGCCUGGAUGGGUGGAGCGCGGGCAAUGGCCAUUUUGGGAAUGCUGACGGGAAGUGCAUCCUUGAUUAUUCUAGGGCUGUACACAUUUCUGAGAUUAGAAACCUGGAGCAGAAUUCUGAAGCUGUCAGCCAUUGGAGCCAGCAUUGGUGCAGGGGUCCUGAUCCUGAUAGGAGCUGUGAUUUACGGAGCCAGUGUUGCAGAUGAAAAAUACCCGCCAUCUGGAUUUGAUACAAGUAAUAGCAGAAAAAUGCUCUACUCCAUGUCAUGGGCGUUUGGACUGUCAAUAACGGGUGCCAUUUUAUGCUUCGUCAGUGCAAUACUCACAGGAUUUGCCAAGAAACCAAAACUCUGAGACUAUUUUAAAUUUAGUUUUGAUCUGAAAUACUGUUAUAUAUUAUUGUUUAAUUGUUUGAUAUUUGGAUUAUCGGCCUUUUUUACUGUAUAUUUAUAUGUUAUAUAUUUUGUAUCUUUCUGAUUAAAACAAAAAAUAUU